GUCAUCGGAGAACAAGAAAAAAAUUGGAAGACGACGUCCGAGCUCUUUUACCUUUGUCCCCAAGACUAAAAUAGCCUUAAUCGUGGGAAGAUAGAAUAAUUGAUUAGAUUACGCAUGCAUACAGUUUGAAAUUUUGUUCAUUCGCUCAAAAGCAAUGGCGCUAAAAGGGAUCAGAGUUCUCGAGUUGGCGGGGUUGGCUCCUGCACCGCUUUGCGGAGCGAUUCUCGCAGACUUUGGAGCAAAUGUCAUCAGGGUCGACAAGCACAACCAAAUGAUGAGCAUGGAUGCAAUGUCCCACGGGAAAAAGUCAAUUGCCUUAAAUUUAAAAAGUGCUAAAGGCGUUGAAGUCUUCAAGAGAAUGAGCAAGCAGUCGGACGUGAUUAUUGAACCUUUUCGAAAAGGAGUCAUGGAAAAACUCGGACUCGGCCCGGACGUCCUACUGAAGGACAACAAAAAGUUAAUUUAUGCAAGAUUAACCGGAUAUGGGCAGAAGGGGCCGUUGGCAUUGAAAGCUGGCCACGACAUAAAUUAUGCAGCCAUCUCAGGUGUUUUGUCUAUGCUUGGCAGAGCAAACCAACAGCCAACCCCACCAGUUAACAUCCUAGCCGAUUUUGCUGGUGGAGGCCUAACAUGUGCUUUUGGCAUAGUGAUGGCACUUCUGGAGAGAACCAGGUCAGGAAAAGGUCAAGUGGUGGACGCCAGUAUGGUUGAAGGGGCUGCAUAUGUCAGCAGCUGGCUUUUCCGGUCCCAGUGGCUGCCAAUUUGGGGGAAGGCCAGAGGGCAAAAUGUUCUCGACUCUGGUGCUCACUUUUACGACACCUACGAGACUAAGGACGGUGGCUUCAUGGCUGUUGGUUCUCUGGAGCCCCUAUUUUAUGAAGAGCUUCUGAAAGGCCUGGGAUUUACUGAUGAAGAAGCGCCGCAGAAUGGCUCCGAAGAAGAGACACAGAAAGUCAGAAAACUUUUCUCGGACAAGUUUGCAAGCAAGACAAAGGCUGAGUGGACGGAAAUAUUUGAAAAAUUGGACGCUUGUGUUACACCUGUGCUCAGCAUUGACGAGGCAACCAAGUACAGCCACAAUAAGGAGCGAAAGACUUUUGUCAUAGAUAAAUAUGACUUGCCAGUUCCUAAUCCUGCCCCUGUUCUGAGCGCAACUCCUGGAAUAAGCCAGGCAGCCACAAAACUGAGACCAGAAAUUGGUCAGCAUACCAGAGAGGUUAUGACUGAGUUUGGAUUUUCCGACAGUGAAAUUACCGACAUUGCUCAAGACGGUGCAGCUUUUGUUUUUGAGGAUGACCAACUAAAUUCCAAAUUAUAGAGACUGUUUUUCCUUACAUCAUUCAUGUUUAAUAAAAUAAAUUUUAUUUUCUCA